AGUUUGUGGAGAAGCUCACUACCCCGGCCCAGCAUUGAGCUAAAGAGUAACAUCAGAACACCAAAUUAAAUGUUCCUUCCAUCCCAAUUAUUUUGUCUUUUCAUAUACUUACUUAUUCAUUGACCCAGACUUAUCUUUGAAUCUGAGAGGAUAAGACAACUAAGAAUUAGCAAAUAUGUCUGCAGAUAUUCCCAUUCUUGCGGCGAACAGAGUCAGCGAUCGUGCGAAGAAGACUCUUGACAUCGUCAAGCAAUUUGUGGAGGAAAGAUGUAUUCCAGCCGACCCCGUAUUUGCAGCACAAGUCGAUGCAGGUGGAGACCGAUGGGACCACCACCCUAGCGUUAUCGAUGACCUCAAGGAAGAAGCAAAGAAGCUCGGAUUAUGGAAUAUGUUCUUGGCCAAAGGACACUACAAAGAGGGCGCUGGUUUCACGAAUCUCGAGUAUGGAUUGAUGGCAGAGUACCUUGGCAAGUCGAGAUGUGCUUCAGAGGCAGUCAACUGUGCUGCACCGGAUACUGGAAACAUGGAGGUGUUGGCGAAGUAUGGCAAUGAGGCACAAAAGAAGGAGUGGCUACAACCAUUGCUGGAUGGUAAAAUCCGUUCAGCAUUCUUGAUGACUGAGCCGGAUGUUGCUUCUUCUGAUGCUACGAAUAUUCAAUUGAGCAUGAAGAGGGAAGGCAAUGAAUACGUUCUGAACGGCCAGAAAUGGUGGUCCAGUGGUGCUGGUGACCCACGGUGCAAGAUUUACAUUGUCAUGGGCAAGAGUGAUCCAGGAAACAAGGAUGUCUACAAGCAGCAAUCAGUCAUUUUGGUACCGGCAAAUACUCCCGGUAUCAAAAUCAACAGGAUGUUGUCAGUUUACGGUUACGAUGAUGCACCACACGGUCACGGACAUUUGUCAUUCAACAAUGUCCGAGUCCCAGCAAGCAAUAUGGUUCUUGGUCCCGGCCGGGGAUUUGAAAUCAUUCAAGGUCGUCUUGGUCCUGGACGUAUCCAUCACGCUAUGAGAACCAUUGGUGCUGCCGAGAAAGCUCUCGAAUGGAUGCUACUCCGAAUCAACGAUCCUAAGAAGACUCCGUUUGGAAAGCAACUGAAGGAACAUGGCGUAAUCAUUGAAUGGGUAGCUAAAUCUCGCCUUGAGAUUGAUGCCGCUCGUCUCGUGGUUCUUAACGCUGCCAUUGCGAUUGACGACCGAGGAGCCAAGGGAGCUCUGAAGGAGAUCGCUGAAGCCAAAGUGCUUGUUCCUUCGAUGGCACUCACUGUCAUCGAUCGUGCAGUUCAGUCCUUCGGUGGUGCUGGUGUCUGCCAAGACACCCCUCUUGCCAACAUGUGGGCUCAAAUCAGAACACUGAGACUAGCAGAUGGACCCGAUGAGGUUCACUUGCAACAGAUGGGAAAGAAUGAGAAUAAGAAGGGCAAGGCGGUCUCUGCAAAGAUCCUGAGGCAAGCUGAAAUCACAAAGGAUUUGUUUGCCAAAUACGGUGUCAGCUUGUCACAUAUUGGCCCCAAGUCGAAACUGUAGAUAUUUUGUGUAACUCAACAUUUUAAAAUAAAAUUGAAUGACUGGUCAUGAAUCCCU